AGAUAAUUCAAGAAACUGUUGUUGUUGACGGGAAUUUCAGUUUUUUAUGGCUCAUUAAGCUCUCAAUAAAAAUAAAAUAAUAAUUGUUAAAGAUUAUGCUUACGUUUAUAAAUCGUAAAACAAUUCUUACUUUGUACAUAUCAAUAAUAAGGCCGACUUUCCUAGUAGCCACAUCCAACAUGUCUUCAGGGAUUGUCGAUGCCGAUAAAUACUCGGUCGCUUACGUAACUGUGCCCAAUAUCGAUGUUGGUAAAUCCAUUGGACAUACUCUAGUCAAAAACAAAGUAGCUGCUUGUGUUAAUAUCAUACCUGGAGUAACCUCAAUUUAUGAAUGGAAAAAUGAAAUUGCUGAAGAUAGUGAGGCUCUGUUAAUGAUAAAAACUCGCACAUCAUUAGUGGAUAAGCUGACGGAACUGGUGCGAGCCAACCAUCCUUAUGAAGUAUGUGAGGUCAUCUCAUUACCCAUCAAAAACGGCAACCCUCCUUAUUUGAAAUGGAUUGGAGACACAGUGCCUGAUGUCAAUUAAAAUGUAAAUGACAUAUAAUAAUGUGAAAAUUUCAUUAUAAGUCUUUAUAACAAAGAAAAUUUUUGUAUAGACAAAGUAGGUUUUGGAUCUGAUGCUUCUCCGUUUGCAUAAUGUAGGAUUUACCACUUUGAUUGUUAGUUGCAUUGCAGAAAGUUUUGUAUGUUUACAUAGAAUUGUUAAAAAUUAAAGGCUUAGGGACCUCUUAAACCUAAACCUGGGUCGUAAGACCCAGGUGCUGUUGAAGCUCCUCUCCCUGCAAUGUGAUGGACCCGGCACACGCACGGUGAAUCCAUGGAGUACCUCAGCAUCAGCAAACUUUUUGAAGUUUGGUCUCAAUAAAAAAUAUAACAGGAUUACUCAAGUGAAUUGUCUAAGAUUAUCACACAUUAAUAUUUUAGUAUUGUGGGACUUGUAUAACUAAACUACUAUCUUUAAAAUGUUAUGAUAUAAACUGAAGUGAUAUAAAAAAUAUAUAAUGCGUGUUAAAUAAAAUUUUAUUAAUGUAUCUUUAAGAAGAUUUUGUUUUCAUUUUAAGUUUUCUCAAUAAAUAAGUAACAAAACAA